AUGAUUACCAGCAUAGAUCCAGUCCAAGAUCUCAUUCAGAACUGUAGAAAGGAUCCAUUACCACCUGAUCUGCCUCAGCUACUAUCUGCAUUCUUGACGAAUUGCAAAUCAAAACAUGUGAAUUAUAUAGUCCCAUUAAAUGCGAUCCUGGAUACAUUCGAGUCUUUAAUGGUUGAUGCCACUUCAAUCGAUGUCAUCAACAACGUCUUGGAGCUCUGGUUGUUUUUUGCUAGAUAUCGUGAAACUGCUAAAAGGAUGCUGGAACGGUCUCAUCCUGUACUCUGGUCGCUGAAUCGCACGAAUCUACCACCGCGAUCAGCACAACUUGCCAUUGAAUUCAUUGAUAUCAUGUCUACUUGGAUGGCAAGGAUGGAUCCAGUAUUCGAUUUGGGUGAUCUAAUACCAGUCCUUCUGAAACACUUGUCUGCAAUAUCAACUGGUGAAAACCCAACGCAAUUAGCUAUACUCGCCAGUCUCUUCAAGUCAAAGAAGAUUGCUCAAAGUAUCAAGAGCAAGACAAACACAUCCUUCUUCAGGUCUUUAAUUAAGCAGCUCUCUGAGUCUAAUGGAUCCAUAGCGAUAAACUCGCUUCGACUACUCGUCUUCCUCGCAGACGAAUCCCUUCUAACCCAAUUCCUAACGAAAUCGAAUUUCAACGAGACAAUACAACUAGUCUUUAAUGUGCUAAUGACUACACGAGACAUAUCACUCGUGUUGGUGACUGCAUGCAUUGAUUUACUCGAGCAAUUGAUUCGAGUGGUUAAUCAUGACUUGUCUUUUGUAACGGGGAUCGACGAGAGGAUUAAGAGUUGGAUGGAUAUUGUUGCGCAAGAUGGUGAUGCGCUAGGACAGAUGAUUCGAUUUGCAGUGAUACUACUCAAAUCGAAUAUUUUGAGUGGAAUUGUGCGAGAGAGUGCAUUAGAACAUGGACUGGUCUUCACAUGUGCUGAAAUCAUACAUACAGCGUUACAAGAUGGAGAGACUGUUGAUCUUGUAUAUGCCAAUGGAUUGGUGUCAGCUAUGUAUCAUGUGGCAUCGGAUACACCACAAUCUACGGAAACUCUAAAUCUACUGAUACCAACAGCCACAUCGUCAUCACACGAUAUCGAGAAACACAUCAAGGCUCUCACAAACUUUGAAGUCCAACUCUCCCAAAUCCGUGCAUCCUCCCAAAACGAAAUAGAUGUAGCCCAAGCCCUAGCCUCACAAAAGAUAUCGGCUUACGAAGCUAAAUUGAAGAUAUUAGAGAGUCAGAUGAGUGGAUUGGAACAGACUGUGAAAUUAAAGACGAGACAAUUGAGAUUGAAUGAGGGUACAAUUAUUGGGUUGGAGGAUAGUCUGAGAGGGAGAGUUCAUAGUGAGGAAGGUCUGAGGAGGGAGUACGAAGCCAAGAUUAUGGCAUUACGAGAUGAUCUAAAAACAACAGAGGGCAAACACACUCAACGAGAAAAAGAAUUGGUUGCUGAAUGUGCAUCACUGAGGAGGCAACGUGAUGAUCAAGGUCUUGAGAUACAGAGUCUUUUGGACAAACUGUCGCCACUAAUGACAUCGUUCAAUUCGUUGAGGAUUGGGAAGCCGACUUCAUGA